GGGGCCACGAGCAAGAGAGAGGGCUGCAGGGUGAAGGAGUGAGAGAAAAGUUAGAAAAGUGAGAGAGGGGGUCAGGGGAAAGAAAGAAAAGAGCAUAGAGAAAAACAAGUAUAGAAGAGAAGGGGAAACAAGAGGCAGGAAGAAAGGGGGGAGGGAAGUCUUAGGUAAGAAAAAAAGAGCAGAGCUGAAAAAAAGUUUUGUUUUGCAGUGGAGUCAGUCAUAGAUGAGGAAAACAGCUUGAAUGGCUAGUUUGGAGUUGGAGAGCAGCGUGGAGGAGGAGGAGGGGAGGAGAAGGAAACCAGUUGUUGUUUAAGGCGUUUUCCACAGCAGCCUCUACUCCAGACGGACUGUUUUCAUUCUGACAUGUACUCAGACAGCACACGGAUGGGACACUAUAGAUUCAUUCAUCAAAACACAGACGACUACUGCUACUGCCUUCACUGUGUCCAAUACAGACCCACGCUGUACCAGGGAGGACCAGGGGGGUACAGACCACCACCCACACACCCAGACCACCCAGAGUUGGACCUCAGAGGAGACAUCAGCCUUCCUCCUUUCCCUGUGGAGCCAGAGGAUGUAGAACCUGGACUAGAGAAGUGUGAGAGAGGAGGUGAAGGAAGAGGAGAUGGUGGAGGGGGAGAAGGUGGAGGAAGUGGUGCUGAAGCUGGAGCUGGAUGGGCUGUAAGUGGUCACAGUGCCCCACAGAGGAGGCCAGUGUUCACCGGGCCGGGUCAGCAUGGUCAACCUCAGCCAGGCCAGUUUAGCCCCAGCCACCCCUGGAACUACAACCCUGCCCAGUGGACCUGCCCAGUGGAGCCUGGCCUGGGUCUGAUUUUCUACUCCCCUGUGAAAGAACAGUGCGGUUAUGUGGGACAGGGUGGAGGUGGCACUGCUGGGACAGGGAUCGGGACACACCCAUUCAACAGCAAUAGAAACGCGUCAGCCUCAUCACUCCCCCUGGACCCGGCAAACACACAGUUCAGGGGUCAGCGGGCCAAACACAGACAGGCUAGCUACAGCUACGGUCCUGAGAAACCGAUCUGGGAUCAGUCAAAAUACAGACUAGAAAGACAGGCUAGCUAUAGUCCACAGGAGCAACACAGACAGGCUAGUCUCGGUUUAGAAAAGCAGGUCUGGGGUCAGUCGAACCACAGGCUAGAAAGACAGAAUAGCUUCAGUCCACAAGAAAUACACAGCCAGGUUAGCUACAUUUACAGUCCAGAAGACAAGCUGACACAACGACAGCUAGUCAGCUACGGACCAGAACAAAAGGUCUGGGGUCAGUUGAAACACAGACAGACUAGCUACAGCUACAGUCCAGAGGAACAGGUCUGGGGAUAUGCUGGAGAUGAACAUGAUCAUUUGGACAGGUGUGUACCGCUUGAACAAAGAGAAUUACACCCUCACAUGCCAAAUGGACAUAGUGGUGGUGGUGGUCCCAGCCCCAGGCAUGUGUACUCUCAGGUCGUGGGAGAUAGAACUAACUACCAGGAGAGGACGACUAGAUUAAAGGCUGGGGGAGCUGUAGGUGGGGCAGGAGUGGACAGCUGUAAUGGACGACAUGUCCUUGCUGGCUCUGGCUCUGUUCAGAAGACUUUAUUUUCCACUGAAGUCCCCCAGAAACAGUUGGUCAGCCAGCCCAGGCAGAGGAGUCAUUGUGGGCCUGGCCUUGGCCAUAGAACCCCAAGUCAUGGAGCUACUGGACCAGUGCAUGGAGCCACUAUAGGCAGGGAAGAGAGAUUCAACCAAAGGGCCAAACAGCCAGCAAGCCAGGGAGUCAACCAGAACCAUGGAGGAGACCCAGACUUAGACCCCCAGAGACAGAGGGUGAAGCAGAAGGAUGGUCAGGGUUCAGUCCGGAAAAGCCAGUGUUCGGUCUGGGAGAACCAGUGUCAUGUCCGGGAAAACAAGGGUUCUGUCCGGCAGAAGGAGGGCUUGGUUCGGGAGCAGAUCAGACAGGUGGUGUCAGACUUGGAGGGGGUCCUGGGAGGUCUCAAACAGGUCCAUGUGGAGAUGAAGGAGGUGGUUGAACAGAUUGAUCUGCUGACAGCUAACAUUGACCUGGAAGAGGGAUCAUGUAACAGUUCCCCUCAUGGUGGUGACGCCAUCCCCAACCCCAGAGACUGCAGAGUCCUGAUGUAUAAUCAGAAGACUAAUGCUGGAGAGCAGAUGUAUACCCACAAGAUUAGGACUGUUGACCUGAAGACUAAUGGAGACCAGGGAUUACUGUACAGAGACCCUGACCAUACCGUCACCAUACAAACUACCUCUCCGUCCCAUGUCCUCACCGCAUCAGUCAUCAAAACCAACCGGGUUGGGGUCACAGCCCUGAGCCUGAGCCCGAGCCCUUCCAAAGACUCCAAACAGGAAAGACGGGGGCUCAACAAAGACCCUCCUAUACCUGGCCCUUCCAGAGACAUAAACCAUGUGACCCAGACCCCUGGGCUAGAACAGAUUCCCUCCCUACCCCUACUAUUACGGACCCACACCCCUAUCCCCACAGCCAUGGUUGGAUACAGUGUCCCGUCUCGUAGGAGCCAGAAACCACCACUGUACCCCCACCCCAAUGGACGGGUGGAGAGGCUUAAUAAGGGUCUGGCUCCACCACCCCAGUCAGCCCUGCCGGUCCUGCCCCACCUGGCCCAGCCACCCUACCCUACCCACCCUACCCACCCUGCCCUGCUUCCCAGUGCCCUGAAGACCCCAUACCUGGAGAAAAGCAGACCGAGCUCCAGCAUGGUGUGAGGGGACAGCCUCACUUCCGUGGGGGCCGGGAACAUAUAUGACAAGGACAGACCUACACUGAGAGGUAGUCUGAGAGGGACUGACCAGGGACAUGGAGCCCUGACGUGGUGAAGAGAUUACUUCAGUCAGUGAUGGACACAGAGACAGAGCUUGGCCUGAAGAUGGGGGUAUUUCCAAGGGUGAACGCUCUAGACAGACAGGAGGGGAAGGGGAUUCCACAUUACAGAAUGAGAUGCACAGACCUGAGACACAGCAUGCAGCAAGCACUUCAACCUGACAUAUAUAACUUAAAACAGCAAAAAUACACAUUUCUGAUACAAGUUGGACAAUAAAGUAUUAUAUUCAUAACUAAACCCUACUUGAAUUAUACAACAAAGGUUAUCAACCAAAGAAUCUGUAGAAAAAAUAGAAUCGAUGUUGGAAGUUAUAUGAUUAUAGUAUCUAUAUUCAUGUUUAUAAAUGUUUAUUUUAAAAUGUUCUGAGAUAUUAUAAAUUGUACUGUCUGAAACAUCCAAAUAGAAAUAAUUCAUAUUGACAACUGAAUGUCUUACAUUUGUUACAUUUGUGUAUGGAUUAAAAAACAACAAUGACCUAAUAAUGGACAUUGAUUUUGAUUUGAAAUGAUUUAUGUUCUGGUAUGGCACCAAUGGAAGACAGUAGUCUGUCUCAGUAUGUUUCUUCUCCACUUGACUCUCUGUAUUUCAUGGCACUAGGGUCUAAACUGCCUUUACAUACAUCCC